UCCCCUCUCCCUUUUCAAGCUAGUUCAUUUGCGCUAAAAUUGUAGCGGGCGUAGCUAAGAUCUUAUUUUGACUUGAGUGGGUUGGACCUUCCUCGGUGGUAUGAUAUCUGGACAUGAGAUCCCACGUCAUGUCAGAUGGUGUUAGGCCUGAUCAAUCUUUCAAAGAGGAAGAGAAUCCAAGUAAAAUUCCUUGUAUUGCAAGAUGUAUCUGAGUGGUUAAAUUAAUAUUUGAUUACUUUUUUGACUGCUUGCUGGAUGAGAUUUUUGUUUUUGUGAAUGAAAUAUUGGAAAAAUUUAAAGAAAGUCUGCAGUGGUGACUCUAAAAGAUGAGAUGGAGUAUGCUCAUAUGAUAUGACAAUUAUAGUUCAGCUUUUUGCUUGAAAUUGAUAUGAAACUAAUAAGGAUUUUAACUGAAAUUACUAAUCUUCCCCUCUUCGUUUCCUAAGCUAUUUGGCUGUUGUAAGGCUUGUCUUAGUUUCUAUGAAAACUCUUCGACAUAAGUACAAGUGUGUUUCCAAAUUAUAAAAUUUUAUGGAAAGAUACAACCUCAAAUGAAUACAUAUACCUGCUUCUUCUGAGACUCUUGAACUUCUUAAUAUUAGUGAUAUCGACCCUUAUUAUUUUAGUACUUUAUGAAGAAUCUUCAACUAACUGUGGAACUUGACUAAGCAGCUUCCUUGUAGCAAACCAAGUGGAAUCAUCUGGAUAACUCUGAAUAAAGCUAGGUAAAAUUUUUUCAUGCAGUUGCUGUUGCAGUAAAAUCUGUAAUGUGACUUGCUUUUUUGGGUCAAACACAUAGAGCUUCAUACUACUUGCAAAGAUAAAUGUUCUAGGUUCUGAGCAUAUAUUUCUAACUUUCUUCUUAUAUAUGGUUUAGUUACAUCUCAAGCAGAUCCAAGUUAAGGUACUAGCAGUCUCUUGGAAUUUUGAGUUGUGUCUUAUGAAUAUUUGUGAACACUAAACCAUGUUUGUACUAGAAACAUGAUUUUUUUAAAAGUUUUGGUUAUUUUCAUGGGAUAUUCUCUUUUGCUGCCUUACUAGGAAGGAUUGAUGAAUGAGAAUCACUAAAAGCCACCCAAUUAGUUGGGUUAAGGCUUGAUGGUUGUGGUUAUGGUAAUUAUCUUCUUUUGCACUGGGUCUACUUUUAGGAUUUCAAUUUGUUGCAUUUUCUAAAACUAAACAACUUGACAUACUUUCGCAGCACCUCAGAAGCGCCUAAGGUUCAGAACAAGUGUUGAUGCUACAGAGGCACAAGUUAUAGAAGCAAUGCAAAAGAUAGCAUCACACAUAAAGAAUCCUGCAAAGUUCAGCAAAGCAUCAAAACUUGCUGUGCAACUAAUCCAAGCUGGAAGUGUCAAGUCGGGAACUAGCAGUCAGUUUUUUGAUAUUCUGGAAGCUGCAAUGGCUUCGCCAUCAGUUUGUAAUGAGGCUUCACUGAGAAUGGAUUAUCAAGCCUUAUUUUCAGCAGUUCAAGAUGUUGCAGAGUGUUUUAGUAAAGAGCAGAAAAAUCAGCUGGCAACGUGGACUUUGCAGGCGGUGGUUGCAAAUGAUCUUUAUACUGAUGACAGCUUUGUGUACUCAAAAGCAGCAGGAAAGAUCAAAGAUGCAAUAUCUAGCCUCCCUCAUGCUACAGUAGACGAUGACAAAGAAGAAGCUGCAGCACUGGCACUAGCUGAAAACAAAGCAGUAGGCAAAGACACUGCUGAACUGGGUACUACUACAUCAGCUACUUUGUCCGAAAAGAAGAACCAUGUUUCUGAUCCAUUUGGGUUAGAUGUUUUGCUGCCAAGCAAAUCCAAGAAAGAUGAAAGAGCGAGAGGAAAGGAUGUGACAGCUUCAAACCAAAAGGAAGAAGAAGCAGAAGAACCUAAGAGAUUUAUCAAAUCUCAAAGAGAGGUUUUACUAUUAUGUUUGGAAAUAGCUGCACGUCGUUAUAAAGUACCAUGGGCUCAAACUGUUAUUGAUAUACUGGUUAAGCAUGCUUUUGACAACAUAGACAAGUUCACGGCUCGACAAAGAGAUGCAAUUGAGAAGCUAUGGGCUUCAAUUAGGGAACAACAUAUCAGAAGAAAACAAGGGAAGUCUGUGACCGGUAAACUUGACAUGAAUGCAUUUGAAUAUCUUCAGGAGAAGUAUGCACGUGAGAAGAUUAGCAUCCGUCAUGCUGUCGGAGGUGGUGGUGAACGCCGUGCUGAACAGUGGCUUGGUUAGCUCUCUCCAUCACUUGGCUUUGAUUUUUUUUCUCACAAUGAGAAUUGAUCUAUUCAACACUGUUCGGUCAAUGUACCGAAUUUGAACUUGUUACCAAUGGCACUGCAAGUUGCUGAUCUCUUUCAAAGUUAUAGUUGGACAUCCAGAAGGAUCAAACAAUGUGAUUCUAGUGAUGUACUACCAAGAUAAUGGUUCUUUAGUGUUUCGAUUGUACACUUUUAUCAUCCUUAAUCGUGGAAGUUGAUUUGGAUGUGAAUGUAAAACGGUCUAAACUCGGUGUAAUACGUUCAUGGAGUAAUUGUCAACAUCCUACCAAAUUUUAGUCA